AUAGCGUGUACGCUAUUGAUGUUGAAUCGUAUUUGUAGAGUGUGUGAGUACGAGUACGUUUAAGAGACGAAGCCCUUUAUUAGAAAUUUGGUUGAUAGUUGAAUAUUUAAUUAAAAAUAGGUCAAGAUAAAUCAUUACGAAACUUUUAUGUUCCAUUUGUUUUGUCAAAACCAAAUCAGCAGAAUGCAAAAAUUGUUUUUGUUUUCUCUCAUUGUAGCAGCAAUAUGGCACCAAGGACUGGCCUUAAAUUGUUAUGAAUGUACCAACUGCAACUCAGUUAGUUCUUGUCACGAGAAGACUUGCACUGACACCACUGGACUCACCACAAUGUGCAUCAAAUCCGAGGGAAGUGUGGCGGGCAUUACUACAAUAUCGAGGGCGUGUGGAUACGGAACAUCAACAAACUGCAGCUCGUCCACUCUUCUCGGGAUUACUGGAACCGUUUGCUACUGUGACACAGAUCUCUGCAACGGGGCUGAAGCCGUCAAUAUCAGCGUCAUGAUGGGGACUCUCAUUGCUGGAAUCUUGGCAAGAAUAUUGAUGUAACUCAGAAGAUUUCGUUAAAUCAAUUUUCAUUUUUUUUCUUAGUUCUAACAGUUUUGUACAGCUUUUGGUUCCAGUUAUACUUUUCUGAAUAUCAGUAUAUAAUGCAUAUACAAUUUGAUUGGAUUUACUAAAUAUUGAAAAAAAAUAAUUAUGCUCAAAUUUCAAUUGCGAAGUAGUUUUUCAAUGAUUCAUUUUAAUUUAGUAGCUUUUU